AUGGAGGACCCCGAGAAGAAGCUGACCCAGAAGAGUGACGAGAAACCCCGGAAAGUCCGAUUUAAAAUCUCAUCCUCCUACAGCGGCCGUGUGUUGAAGCAAGUCUUUGAAGAUGGGCAGGAAUUAGAGUUGCCAAAGGAGGAAUACCCUCACAGUUUCCUCCAAGAGUCCCUUGAACCAAUGGAUGGUGUUUACGGAUCUGGGGAAGUCCCGAAGCCCCAACCGUGCUCUCCCAAGCUGACUGCUCAGAGGAUCAGUGUGUUUCGAGAGGGUGGUGCCUACACUUUGGCGGGCAGCCAGCCUUUCUUCAAUGAUUACAAGGCAAAUGACCACAAGUCCCCACCUAUUAUAGAUUUUGGAAAGAUAAUCAUCUACACGAAUAACCUGAAAAUCAUUCGAACUCCAAUGGACAAGAGAGAUUUCAUGAGGAAAAUGUUCCAAAAGGAAGAGGAGGCCGAGGAAGAGACUCUGAUGAGCAAAGAAGAAAUCUAUGCACACCAGAACAAUGGUCCUUUGCCAGAGACGGAAGGCACCUUCCCCCAUAACCAGUACCCACAGGAAGGGGAGCAUCCCGAGGACAACUGUUUCCACUGCCGAGGGUCGGGCAGUGCCACCUGCUCUCUGUGCCACGGCAGCAAGUUCUCGAUGCUGGCCAACAGAUUUAAGGAGUCCUAUCGGGCCCUGCGGUGCCCUGCCUGCAAUGAGAAUGGCCUGCAGCCUUGCCAGAUCUGCAAUCAAUAG